AAUGGCAUGUGAGGUGUUGUUAAAUUUUAGUGAAAUGUUUGGUUACAUCAGCCACCUAGGAUGGGAGGCUGCAUAGGUAUAACAAGGGCAAGAAAUGCCUCUGUUGAUAAUACUACAGGAAAUUCUACGAGAGUAAAUUCAGGAAAUUCAAGAAAAAAUCAUCCAUUAUGUCAUGAGGCAAUUAGAUGGAAAUCAGAUGUACCUUUGACAGAAGGACAGUUAAGAAGUAAAAGAGAUGAAUUUUGGGAUACUGCACCUGCAUUUGAUGGACGUAAAGAAAUAUGGGAUGCAUUAAGAGCAGGAGCAACAGCAGCAGAAGCUCAAGAUUAUCAAUUAGCACAGGCUAUAUUAGAUGGAGCUAAUAUUUCUGUUCCAAAUGGUUUUUUAACAGAAUGUUAUGAUGAAUUGGGUACCAGAUAUCAAGUUCCCAUUUAUUGCUUAUCAUAUCCAAUUAAUAUUGUGAAAGAAGAUAGUGGAAGAGAUUCUCCUGCUGAUUGUUCAGAACCUAUUGAUAGUGGAGUUGAACAGACAUUAAAGCUAAGAUUAUCAACUACAUUAGGUGAAGUUAAAUUGCCAGUGUAUAGUAAAGAUACUAUUGCUACUGCUAAAAAGAAAUUGCAGAGUCAAGAAGGUUUAGAACCAUCUCGUCAAAGGUGGUUUUUUGGUGGAAAGUUAUUAGGUGAUAAAAUGCAUAUAGAAGAAGCAAAAAUACAACCAGGCUAUGUAAUACAAGUAAUUGUAAAUCCAGAAAAAUUAGAUGACAGUCCUGUGAAAACAAGUUGAACUAAUAUUGCAGAUACAAGUUAUAUUGAACUUACAUCUUUCUCUGAUAAACAUAUUCUUACCUGCAUUCAAAGUAAGAAUACAUUUUUUUUUUAAUUUUAUAUUGUGUCAUUAUUAAGAUCAGAGCAGCAAUCUUGAAGUGAUUUUUUAUAAUAAAAUGCACUUACAACGUAACUUUCGUAAAAUAUAUAUAUAUAAAUAUAAAUAUAUAUAAUAUAUAUAUAAUAUGUGACAAUAUAUUUAUAUGUAUUAUAUAUAUUUAUAUACAAUUGUUAUAAGGAUUAAAUAAUAUUGCGUUUAAAUUGUGGGUUGUGAUUAUUUAAUUUUUAUUAAUUUAUAAACUAGUUCAAAAAAAAAUGCUAACUACAUAUAAAAAUAAACUGUUAAAGAAUUUUGAUUAACAUUGGUUUAAGUUAAAUACUUACAAAAAAGAUUAUGAAUAAUUGGUAUUGAGAUAACAUUUACCUCAUAGCAGGAAUGUUGUUAUACUUAUUUGUUAUUACCAACAAAGGUGCUGGUGCUGUAACACUUGGGAAACUAAGUAUUACAUGUAGAAAAUUAUUCUAUGCUGCUUAUUAAACAAUGUUGCAUAAUUAUAUAAUAUAAAAAUUAAAUUGUACACUUAAAAAAGAUUAUAAUAAUAACAAACAAUAAUGAUAAGGAAAUUAUAAAAAAAAUUAUAUAAAUAUGAAUGAAUAUAAAAAUACAAUGGACAAUAGUGAAAAAAGGAGCAAAGUAUAUAACUAAUUGUUGCAAUGCAUUUUUCUUUCAUUUCUUAUAAAUUCUACAUUUUCUGAAUUUUUUAUAAUUAAUAAUUUUAAUUUUUUUAAAGUCAAAUCAAUAGAAAAAAAUUAACAGCUUUAUUACAUAAUAUGUAGAAUAUAUACACAAAUCUUUGACAUUUUCAUUUUGAUUAAAUUUAUUAAAUUUUUUGUAAAUGUAUCGUGAAUGUUUAUAAGAUAUAUAUUUGGAUUAUUUCAUAAAAGUACAUGUUGGCCUAUUAGUGGCCUAAAAUCUACGAUUCCUUCCUAUAAGUACUAAGAAGAUAUAAUAUAAGAUCUAUACUGCUGAAUAAUGCACAGAAGAAAAAAUGUACGAUUAAUAAUUAAAUUACAUGUGGUGCAGAAUGUAUAAUUUUUAUAUAAUUUUAUCAGCACAAUCACUUUCAUAUCUAUGUUUCAUAUUUGUGCUUAUAAUAAAAUGAUCACAAUAAAAUCAUUACUGCUAAUUCAAGUUUAAUAGCACUUAAUUCUUACUUCUGCUCCACAUGUUGCACAAAAAAAAUGAUCUAGAGUAUAAUUAUAUCAGAUGACAUAUUAUGCGUGUGAAUUUAUUGACUGUACUAACCCAGCAGUGAUAAGUUUGUUUUUUCAUAUGCAUUGAUUAUAAAAUUAUAAUAUAUAAUAUUGCGUGUGCGUGUAUGUAUAAUACGUAAUAUAUAAUAUGUAUGUAUACAGAUACAUAUGUUGGUUCCACUAUUCUCAAUUUGAGUGUCAAAGCAAACAUAUUUAAUCUUAUAAGUAAUUUAUUUAUAAAUUGGAUUAUUGCAUACAAGUGAUAGAAAUGACUGGAAGCAAUCAUUAAAAAUAUGAACAUAAAUGUAUGAAACCCUGUUCAUAUUAAGAAAAAUCUUGCAUUAACUAUUAUGCAUUUUUUUGAUACAUUAUAAACAUCAGUGCAAAUAAAGCAAGCACUUGUUUUAAGUCUGUAAAUUUAAAAGUUCCAUAUAUUAUUCACUAUAUUAUUCAUUUAUUUACAUCAGUAAUUGUGUUCAAGAAUUAGCAAAAAUAAAAUCUCUUUGUUCAAUAAUCUGUAAUUAAUGAUGCAUUAAGAAUAUAUAAAUACUGAAUAAUGUUGUUUAAACCGACAUUUCUUUAGUAAAACUGCAACAUUGUCUAAAAUAUUAUUUUUGAUGAGCUUUAGUCUAAACACACAUAAUCGAUAAUUGACGAUCGUAUCAAUUAAAAUAUUGAUCAAUUAGUUCAUGACUGAUCAAAGGCACAAAAUUCUAUGUCUAAUAAUUAAAAAAGAAUUAAAAAAUGAAAUAUUUUCCAUUUGUUUUAUCGAUUAUGUAUAAAUAGACUUGAGUUCAUAUAUUAUAAAUAUGAAAAUGAUAAUACUGCAUUUAUAGAGACAUUUGUUACCAGGAAUUAAGACAUAAGAUUCUCAAUGGAACAAUAAAUUCUAUCAGACUGAUAUUAGUUUUGCAAUAUAGAAUUUGUGUUAUUUACAGUACAUAGCAAGAGACUGCAUUUUAAGUUCAUUUGAUUGAUAUUCAAAUAAUACAAGAAGAUUAUUUUGUGUAUAGUAUUAAUUAAACUAUAUUUUCACGCAUAUUUCAUAUAAAGAUUUUAAUAUAAAUGUUGCGUUUUUUUAAGUGAUAUAAUUUGUAUUUGUAUGAAUGAUAAUAUACAUUUUCCUUUUUUUAAUACUCAUGUCCGUAUAAUGUUGAAUAAAAAUGUGAUGCGGCGCAAUUGUCAUAUAAUAAAAUAAAAAUAUGACGAGUGUAAAUAAAAAGUGUUACAAUAAUGAAAGUGCAAUUUAGAACGCCUCUUAAAUAUUGCUACUGCUUAAUAUUAAUAAUGCUAUGUUGGACCAAUAUAAGGCGUUUUAAACGAAAAACAAAGAUUAAAGGACGACUGAUUGGAGAUGAGGUAGAACAACUGCCAAUAAAAGUAAAAUUGAAUUCAUUGUAUUGCUAAUCAGAAAUUAUAAAAUAUGAAAAAAUUUUUUGAAAUGUUAAUAAAAAAUAUUAUUAUAAUUAAAUAGCAAUUAUUCAUUAAGCAGGGUUUACACAUUUUUUAAACUAAUUGAAUAAGUAAUAUUACUUAUUAAAACUAAUUUUUGAAAUUAAAUGUUAGUACUAACAUUAUUAAAUAUUUAUCAUAUGCAUAAAGCAUAAAAAUAAAUAAAUGAUGUUAGUAAUAAAUUUUUUAUUUUUUAAAAAUAAUCCAGUCACGUUCGCAAAAUAUAAUCUAAAAAUGUUAAUAUUUGUUUAAUAUUAUUUUAAAUUAAAUGUUUAUUUGUUCUUUUUAAUAUGAAAUUGAAAAUACAUUUUCAAUGAUAUAAAAUUACUUAAAAUUUGAUAUAUUUGUAUAAUAAAUAUAUUGCCUUAAAAUGAAUGUAAAUGAUUUUCCAUAAAUAUUAAUCAUUAUAAUUUAUGCAUUGUCAAAUAAAAUAUAAUAUUAUGAAACUAUUGUAGCACUUUUUUUUAUGAAUUUUUAAGUAACAAAAAAAUAAAAUAAAAUAUACAAGA